ACUAUUUGCUAGUUUUGUCUAUAUUUUAAGGAAAAAUAGUUGCAUUAUACAAAUUAAUGUAUGUUCUUUCAGGAUACAUAUAUAUGAAAUGAAAACAACAGUGAGAAAAAGAAGAUAUAGGAAGAAAAGGAAGUCUUGUUUCCAGAAUUAAUAAUUAAAAAUGGUUGCCAAAAUAUAAACUUUUAGGAAGAAAACACAGACUUUAUAGUCUCCUGUGUCUAUUCUGGUGAUGAAUUUAUUUCUGAGACCCCUCAUGUCUACACUGCACACGAGCAGACAAGUCAGCCUGGUCCAAAAAACUUUGUAAUAUGAGUAAGGCAAAGAUUUUAUAUUCAAAUAAGAACAUUCUCAAUCUAAGUUAUACUGUAACACAUGCUAUUGCUGUUUGUCUUAGAAUAAAAAAGACAAGGCUGGGCCAAUGGCACAAGAGGAUACAAAAUUAUCGAUGUUGGUGUUUUGAAACGAGGGUGCCGAUAAGCCGUAAAAAGUGCGGGCGUUUUCAGGCGAGUUUGGCGUUUUGAAAAAAAUUCAAGUAUUCGCCCGAAAAAACCCGUUUUUGAUGGUUUUUGAAAAAGCUUACUUUAUAAAUAACUUAUAUAUAAACUUUAUUAACUCCUUUCUCAUCAAGCGCCUUCUUCCCAAGCAUCGUCCGCAUGGUUUGUUACAAGGAAUUGCAUUUCGGGAAUGUUCCGGGUGAGUUUAGGAAUGUUCUGGGUGAGUUCGGGAAAGUGCGGGCGGUUUCGGGGGACAACCGCCAAUUUUAGUUGAAAUAUCGCCUGAACUCCGUUUGUGACUUAUCGGCACCCUCUUGUUUUGAACAAUGCAAUUUUGUAAUAACAUUAUAUGUGGCGUUUGGGAAGGUGCAAAGAGCAAGUAACGUGAAAGUUCAGCACUAAAAGAAAUGGUUUAGCAAGUAAAUUAUCCCUUAAAUGAAGCAAUUGUAACAAAUAUAGCUACACCUUUUUUUGCUAGUAAAAAGGGGCCAAUCAACAAAAGUAUACCAAGCGUAUUAACAUAAAUCUGAAAUCUGUAUAUGCCCGCCAAACAUUUAGACAUGCUGGACUACAACGUUUCUGUUCUAAUAUGGACUCAUGUACUGCCUCCAUUAUAUAAUGGUCCAUGUCAAACAAUUUUAAAACAUUUAAGCACCAAGGUAGUUGAACUUGCUGAAUUUGUUUCACGAUAUUAACCAAUUGGAAAAUUGGACUCAGACAUCAUUCUUUUAUAAUUCUAUCAGAAAUACCUGUUUAUAAAAUCUAUGUGAUAAUUAUAUUGACAGCACUAGGACACUCCAAGGAACUUUUGUAAGGUUUUUUAGACUUUCACUCCAGUACAUCUUUAUUUUUUCAUAGUCAAAGUUUUUAAACACAAUUUUCUCUGUUUUCCGGAAUUAGGGGGUGAAAAAGUCUGCAAAUGAUUAAAACCAAACGGGUGGUUUAUUUUUUUUUUCAAUUUUGUAUAUUGUUUUCUGAUGUUAUUUGACACAAAACGACUAUCUCACUUUUUUGAUUUUUUCUUUUUUUGAUUUUAUAUUUUAAAAAACAGAUUUUUGGAAUUUUACCCCCUGGACGGAAAAAAUUCAAAAAAAUAAGACAGUCAUUUUGUAUACUUUUUAUUUUAAAGCAACUUUGCAUAGUUAUUUUAUUUAUAAAAUGUUGAUUUUGUUAGUAAUAAUCUGCAGACAAUUUUAGUCAUUUUAACUUUAUCAGCCUAACCCCCGUCUCCAAUAUUACUUUUUGGAUUUUUUUUUCACUUUUCCAAAAAUUUGGUCAAUAAUUUUUAAUUUUGGAAAUUUCAAUUAUAUAUGUUUAAGUUAUCAUGUGUAAUCACAGCUGAUUGUAUAAAAGGGAUUUUUAGAAAAUUUUGGUGUUUGACCACCUUAAGUCUAUGGUAUUCUGAAUGAACGAAGUGCAGAAAUACUAAACUGUGCCACCUACAAUUGUCUAGGAGUAAUUUUAUUUCUGAUACUUUGAAAUAAAUGUAUUUAAUCAAAAUAAAAUCUAUUUGUCACCAUUUAAAUCUAGUUUUGAGUUUAUAAGCAUUAUAGACAUAGUUACCACAUAGUUACCACAAUUUUGUGUUCUUUUAAUUUGCUAAACUUGAAAAUGAAACUUCAAAUGAUUAUGCACAAUAGAUUAUACUGAAUGUGAUUUUGCGAUAGAAAAACGAAACAAAAACAGCCUCAAAGUUGUUUUUGCUUACCUACUUUCGCAUGUUGCAUGUUGUUAAAUUGUUGAAAAUUAUAUUUACGAUUAUGUUGUUCUACUGGAAUUUAUGCCCCUUACAAUCCAGGCUGAGUUAACACCAUCUGACAUCACAAACCAACAAAAUAUAUACAAACCAAGUUGACUUUUGUUUGAUAAUGGUGAUUAAUUAAAUUAUGGCUUUUUGGGGGUCAAAUUUGCACAUAAUAAAAUGUAAAAUGUAAAUUUUUUUUAUGCCAUGUUUUUUUAUUUCAUAAGAACACAGAUAUUUUCAUAAUAGAUGUUUAUUCUGACAUGCAGGAUAUUGUUCCAAUGUUUUUUAUUUGUUUUGAUAUGAUAUAUAUCUUACUUUAGAAGAAAUAUAUGAAAAUUGGAAUGAGUAAUUUAGCAAGAGCAGUUAGAAACUCCUAUGACUCACUGACUCCUGACUUUCGUAAUAAAUUUGUUAAAAGUUGUUCUGUCUCAUCUUCAGAAAGAAAUUUCUUCAGAAAAGUUCAACAUGUUAAGAAGUACUAGAUCAACAAGAAGGAACACGCAUUCAGCCUUUGAAGAUGCAACAACCUGGAUACUAAACCAACAAGACAGACCAGAGUUGUUUGUGGCCUAUAUUAAUGAAUAUAUUGGGAAGGGUGUUUUUACUAAAGAAAAAAUUCCCAAGAAUACAUUUUUAGUCGAGUAUGCAGGUGAUUUAAUAACGAAAGAAGAAGGAGAAAUUAGAGAAAUCAAUUAUGAAAAGGAGGGUUGCUUCCUGUACUUUUUUGAAGAUAAUUUGCAAAAAUAUUGUAUUGAUGCUACAUAUUAUCAAAACAGAAUUGGCAGGUAUGUUAAUGACUCUCCAAAAGGAAAUUGCAAGGUUAGAAAAAUCCAUUACAAUGAUCGAAUACAUCUUUGUUUGUAUUCAACUGAAGAAAUCCCCUCUGGAACUGAACUCAGAUAUGACUACUGUGCUCCUAACUUAUGGUGGCGUCAGCAGAAUAAAAAGACGAAAAUGCCAUAUACGGUUGCUGAUUUAAAGGAUGCAGAAUUUCCUAGAAAGUUGACUGAUAUCUCUAAAUAUGAAGUUCUUGAUUUAAAUAUGUCAAUAAACCUGUCACACAAAAUUGAUGAAGGAAUGUCUGCUGUUGUAUAUAAAUUGCUACAGCCAAAUAGAUGUGCUGCUGUCAAGUGCUUUAAACAAAAAGUAAUGAAGAAGAAUUUAAUCAUUAUAGCUGAGCAGUUGUGUAAAUUGAAGCAUGAGAAUAUUGUACAAUUUCUUGGCUAUAGCGUUCACCCAUCUGCUUUCCUUUUUGAAUUUUGUGAAGUAUAUCUUGAAGGUGAGAAAGUGAACAAUUUGCGUCAGUUGUUAUCAAUACAUAAUAGCAAUGGUAAUUUUGUCUUUGAUGAAAGAUUAAAUUACAUUCAGCAAGCAACAAGGGGGUUGAUUUUUUUGCAUGAAAAUAGCAUAGUUCACCGGGAUUUUAAACCUAGCAAUCUACUAGUGACUAAUAACAAUAAACAAAUUCAAAUAAAAAUUACAGACUUUGAUGAAAUGGUUAUUUUGCAACAAACUAUCACAAGCACUAUCACUUUGAAUAGUCUUAAAGGCAUGACCCUUGCCUAUACAGCACCUGAAUUGUGUUCAAGAGCUGCAAAAAAGCCAUCAAAAGCAACGGAUACUUACUCCUUGGCUAUUUCAAGCUAUGAAAUAAUGUCUGAUCUUAAUUCUCCAUGGCAAGAUGUUUUACCUUUGCUAAAUGAUGGCUUGCUUUUACAAGCUCUAAAAGAAGAUGAAAGACCAGAUAUUAGCCAUGUGUCAAAUUUGUACAAUUUACCUGAGUGUGAAUUAGUCAUGGAUCUUAUAUCGAAAGCUUGGAGUCCUAAAUUUGAGGAAAGGCCAAGUACUGUGGAGUGUCUAAAUCUCUUUACUGAUGUGAGAAAUUCCCUGAAAGCAAGUAAUGUGGCAACGACUGUUCACAUUAAAUCUGAAGAAGAUAACAUCGAUUUUAAUUGUGUUGAGAGUUUUAAAGUAGUAGGUGGAAUAAUGGAGAUUACGCUGGAACCAGAUGAAAAGACACACACAAAUAAGCCUGUUGAGGAUUUUUUCACAGAUGAUUUACAAUUUCUAAUGAGUGAAGACGAGGAUCCUGCCCUUAGGUCCGACCUUAAGAACUGUAUAGAAAGUUUUCAGAAUAAAGAUGAAGAUCAAAACAAAGAUUUUAUUCUAAAAGACUGCGCACAGGUCACUUCAACACCUGAUCAGAAUAAAACGAAUAAAGGUGAAGACCAAAACAAAGAUUUUAUUCUAAAAGACUGCUUACAGGUCACUUCAACACCUGAUCAGAAUAAAACGAAAUUUUGCCGAAAACGUAAAAAUAAAUGGCGCUUAAAAAAUUUUGUUUUAAAGAACAGUAAGAGAAAGAUUAACAAUCUCAGCCAGGUGUCAUUGCUAAACGAUUCUGGUUUUAUGAUAGAUACUGAUGUGCAUGUUGUUGAUACAGACCAAAGUGCAUUGAGCGUAAGCCGUACUUCACUUACUUCGUCAAUUGAACAUAAAUCUGCACGGACAAUAGUAAAAAAGGUUCUGCAUUAAUUUAUCGCAUUUUAUUGAUAAUAAGUAUAUAAUAUUGUCAUUUUUUCAAAGAAAUGUAGACAAUUUUUCAGGGUUUUGGAAGGGUUGGUCUAUCAACAAAAGUUUAUAAGCGUAUUUUAAUCAAUUUUUAAAUUUUUGAAAAUUUCAAUUUCUGUGUACCUAGCCAUAUUUUCCCCCAGUAUAGUUUCUAUUUUACUGUUAAGGGUUGAAGUCCAUCGCGUCUGCUCAAAAUAUAUCAAACUAUCUAAUUAUUAUUUUAGUGGGUUUCGUGAAAUGUGUUAAAAAACCCGGGUUUUUUUCACGAAACCCUAAAAUUGUAGUAUUUGCAAAGUAACGCUUAUGUCA